AUGUCCUGGGACGACGAAGAUUUCGACACGAAACCAACACACGCCGGUGCCUCUUGGGAGGAUGAGGCUGAGGAUGAUCCAGUCGUGGACUCCUGGGAUAUCGACGAGGAGGAAGAGGCCAAGAAGAAAAAGGCCGCCGAUGACAAGAAGAAGGCCGAGUUGAAGAAAAAGCAAGACGAGGCCAAGGCAAAGAAGCUAGCGGGCAAGGGUCCCCAGGCUCUUUUGGACAUUGACCUUGUGGAUGAGGAGACUCGUAAGGAAAUGUUGAGAAAGGCUGAGAUGGUGGCUGACUUGAACAAUGCUGCUGACUUAUUCGGUGGCUUAGGUGUCGCCAACGACAAGUUGGAGGAUGCUUUGAUCGCUCACCCCAAAGAGCUGCAAGCUGCCCCAAAGAAGGCUGCCUUCAACAAGGACACUCCAUUGGACGAGCACCCACUCUUCCAGCCUGUUAACAAGGCAGAGUUUGAGAAAUUGCGUAAGACUUUGGGUCCUAUCUUGACUGGUUUGGCUGAAGACUCCUUGAUGAACUACUCUUCUAGUUUGGCCAUUGACUUGAUCCGUGACCUUGUGCAGCCAUUGUCUGUGGAGACCUUGAGAAAGUGCAUCUCCACAUUGAAUGUGGUGCAAAAGGACAAGGAGAGACAAGAGAGACAAGCACGUUUGCUGAAAUCUGGAGGAACUGCCACAGGUGGUGCCGGUAAGAAGAAGGCCAAGCCUGCUGUCAAGGCCAACUUCAACAACGAUGGGUUCAAGAAGGAUGACUUGGACGACUAUGAUGACUUUGGUGAUGAUGACUUCAUGUAA